GAGAGCUGAGGGCUGCAGUCGGGCUGGAGCCAAGAUGGGUGCCAAGGCCGGACCCCCAGAGCUGCAGGUGCUGGGGACGCUGGCCGUGCUGUGGCUUGGCGGUGUGACUCUCAUCUACCUCCUCUGGCAAGGGCCCUGUCCGCCCACCCGGGGCCAGCUGCACCCUGAGGAAGGGCCCGCCAGGCCCCAGGACUGUGGCUCCGGCCCGGCCUCGGAGCCCCUGGGAGGGGAGGCCCAGCAGCAACAGCCAGACGCCUGCCGGCUGGUCCUCGUGGAAAGCAGCCCCCAGGACAUGCCCUUUGCAUCUGGCAGCCCCUCCGCCCAGCCCCUGGCCCAGGCCUGGCUGCAGCUGCUGGACGCCGCCCAGGAGAGCGUCCACAUCGCCUCCUACUACUGGUCUCUCACGGGCUCUGACAUCGGGGUGCAGGACCCAUCAUCGCAACCGGGAGAGGCCCUUCUGCAGAAGCUGCAGCAGACCCUGGACAGGAAUGUCUCCCUGGCUGUGGCCACCAGCCACCCGACGCUGGCCAGGAACUCCACCGACCUGAAGAUGCUGGCCGCCCGGGGUGCCCAGGUUCGAUACGUGCCCAUGGGGCAUCUCACCAGGGGCGUUCUGCACUCCAAAUUCUGGGUCGUGGACGGGCGGCAUGUCUACCUGGGCAGUGCCAACAUGGACUGGCGGUCCCUGACACAGGUGAAGGAGCUGGGAGCAGUCAUCUCCAAUUGCAGCCGCCUGGCCCGGGACCUGGAGAAGACCUUCCAGACCUACUGGGUGCUGGGGGCACCCAAGGCUGUGCUCCCCAAACACUGGCCUCACAACUUCUCUUCCCACAUCAACCACUUCCAGCCCCUCCGGGCCCACUUUGAUGGGGUGCCCACCACCGCCUACUUCUCAGCGUCACCGCCCCAGCUCUGCCCCCACGGCCGCACGCGGGACCUGGACGCACUGCUGAUGGUGAUGCGGGAGGCGCGGCAGUUCAUCUACGCCUCGGUGAUGGACUACUUCCCCACCACGCGCUUCAGCCACCCUGCCAGGUACUGGCCAGUGCUGGACAACGCGCUGCGGGAGGUGGCCUUUGACAGGCACGUGCAGGUGCGUCUGCUGGUCAGCUGUGGGCUCAACACAGACCCCCGGAUGCGUCCUUACCUGCAGUCCCUGCAGGCCUUCAGCAACCCCGCGGCCAAUAUCUCCGUGGACGUGAAAGUCUUCAUCGUGCCCGUGGGGAACCACUCCAACAUCCCGUUCAGCAGGGUGAACCACAGCAAGUUCAUGGUCACAGAGAAGGCGGCCUACAUAGGCACCUCCAACUGGUCGGAAGAUUACUUCAGCAGCACCUCGGGUGUGGGCCUGGUGGUCAGCCAGAGGCCCCCCGGCGCCGGGCCCGGCGUGAGCACCGUGCAGCAGCAGCUGCGGCAACUCUUCGAGCGAGACUGGAGCUCCCGCUACGCCGUGGGCCUGGACAGGCAAGCCCAGGACUGUACGUGGAAGGGCUGAAGUCCAGCCCUUCCUGGCUCCUGGCCUUCACAGCUCUUGGGCACUGCUCCCCACCAGGCCUUCCAGUCUGCCCGCCCCCCACCACUGCAUCUGGACUCAAGCAGCUCCUUUCCCGCAGCCGCGGUCAGGGUCAAGACUGCCCAGUGCCCAGUGCUGAGAAAUGUUUGCUCUCCCCCUGCUGUACAAAUACAGCCCCCUUAAGCCCUGCCCCCUCCAGGGAGCCCUCCAGGGUGCCUCUCCUGAUUCCCACAGAACUGCAAUCCUGGCCUACAGAGGGGCCUUUGGAGUAUGUGUGUCUCCUCGUCGCUCUGUGUGCGUCUAGCCUGGGGCUGGAGUUCAAAACCCUGACCCUGCAAGGAGCCGUGUCCACAUGGUAGCCGGGCAAGGCGGGCCACAUGUCUGCCACGGGGGCCCUGACUCCUCAGUGCUCAGGAACCUGGGGGCAUGGACGUAGGCCAGAUCCAUUGGCUGGAGGGGAGACUGGCCCCCUGACCGCCGGGUGUGUCCUGGGCAGGGGUUGGUGCAGCAGGGUGGAGGCCAGACCUGUGC